GUUCCCUACAAACUACGGUUUUUCGGGUAUAAAAAAGUACAGUUUUCUCACAAAAAAUGUAGUAUCGUCUUCAAAAUGAUCAUUUUGUUACUAUCAGCUGCGGUUUGUGUAUUCCUGUUUCACGAACUUUUCUGGAAACGGAGACAUCUACCACCCGGACCAACACCGCUCCCAUUUAUGGGCAAUAUUUUGGCAGUGAUUUUGGAGAAGCCAGGAUAUGAAUGCUUCAGACGGUGGACUAAGCAGUUUGGAGAUGUAUACACUUUUUGGAUGGGUAACACUCCUUAUAUUAUCAUUGGUACCUACGAUUUGUUGAAAGAAACGUAUAUUCGGGAUGGUGACACCUACAAAGACAAAUAUCCACAUCCAUUUAAUGAACAGCUUCGUGGCGGAAUGUACGGAAUCGUAGAGUCAAACGGACACCUGUGGAGCACUCAUCGAAAAUUCGCACUUUCCACAUUACGAAACUUUGGUCUUGGGAAGGACCUGAUGCAGGAAAACAUCCUAAUAGAAGUUGAAGAUAUAUUCCGGAAGUUUGAUGCUCAACUCGGAAAAGAGCAGGAAAUUCAAGUAGUUCUGAAGAAUGCUAUCGCCAAUGUGAUUAACCAGAUUAUUUUCGGUUACCGGUUUGAUGCGACCAAUCAGGAUAAGCUUGAAAAAAUGAGAUACCUAGUGGAAUAUCAAGAAAAAGCAUUUACAACUGUAAAGGCGUCAAUUCAAGCGUUUGCUCCAAGAAUUGGAUCAAUACUUCCAGGAAAAUCAUUAGAUCAGUUACUCAACGAAUUUAAGGACAAUUUCUACACAUUUUUCAAUGCCGAAAUUGAAAACCAUCGUAGGAAAAUCGAUGUCGACUCCGAGGAGAGCCAAGAUUACGCAGAAGCCUAUUUGAAAGAGCAGAGAAAACAUGAAGCUCGAGGAGAAUUCGAGCUAUUCUCCAAUACUCAAUUCGCAAAUACUUGCUUGGACCUUUGGCUGGCAGGAGUUUCCACAACUAACACUACAGUUAACUGGACAAUAUGCUAUGUCUUGAAUCAUCCAGAAGUUCUUCAAAAGAUGAAUGAAGAGUUCGACCAGGUGGUUGGAAGUGAUAGGCUGGUGUCAAUGGGUGAUAAGAAUAAUCUUCCUUACUUUAAUGCUGUGCUCAAUGAGUCUCAAAGAUGUGCCAAUAUUGUAACAAUCAAUUUGUUCCAUGCAACUACAAAGGACACCGUAAUUAAUGGAUAUCCAAUUAAAAAGGGAACUGGAGUCAUCGCCCAGAUUAGUACGGUUAUGCUCGAUGAAAAGAUCUUCCCAGAACCAUACAAAUUCAACCCUGACAGAUUCAUAGGCGAGAAUGGAAAGCCUAUUAAGAUCGAGCAGCUCAUCCCAUUCUCUAUUGGAAAGCGACAAUGCCCGGGAGAAGGGCUUGCUCGGAUGGAGAUUUUCCUUUUGGUGGCAAACCUUUUCAAUAGAUACAAGAUCUCACCCUUUUCCGAAGGAUUUCCAAAUCUGGAAAAGAAUAGUGUUGUCGAAAUUUUUGCUAAAGGUCUUCGAGUUAUUUUAACAAAGCGACAUUGUUAAUUUAAAAAAAAUCAUUUUAUUGUUGUGUGGUCCAGUGCACUGAGAGUUUUAUCUAUAGUUUGAUCUAUGCGGCCUGUCUGCUACAUUAUUUCCGCAUGUUCUGUUGUCCUCUCCCCCUCAUUGUGUAAAAGAUGAUUGUAAAUGAGAGUCAGUGUCUAGCCACUGAGCGGUUGCUCGGUGGUCAUAUAACCCUCACUAAUAAAUAUUAUGAUUAUCAA